GCAAGUGCUAUUUACCAAAACUCGCAUCGUCCUUCAUCUGAUGCCGAAAUCUGAAAGAUAGCACCGGAAUCAACGUCAGCACCGAUUACAAAUUCCAAACUCGAACCUAUAAAACGUUCACGAAGCGACAGAGUAAACGCCAAAUCCACUGCAUAUCUCGCCCCGACCAGCACCACCACGGACACGGACACCUUCCCAUUCACCUUGCAAUAUCCUUCGAAUAAUCGAACAAACCAACUUACAUAUCUUCCAUCACCACAUUCACCAAGUACCAAUCAACCAUCACCACCGAACGACCAUCCUCACCUUCCAACCAACGCACCCACUCAGCCUACCUCCCGUCUACAAAAUGGACACCCACUCACCCUUCGCCUCAACCACCACCAACUCCUCCCACAACAACAGCACAUCCAACCUCCACAACAACAACAACAACCUCACCAGCAGUACCACCAACGUCGGAGGACAUAUAAACAGCAACUUCACCCCCGAAAUGCGAGACAAGCAAGCUAGAGGCAAAGAUCCUUAUGCUGAACGGUCGGAUGAGGAGAGUGAUUUUGAUGGUGGUGGGGGUUCGGGAGAAAGGUUGGGAUUGGGAGGGAGGAUUGGAGGUGUAGGUGCUGGUAGGGGGGGAAGGGGAACGGGGAUGGGCAUGGGAAGGGGGGGAGGUGGUGGUGCAGGUGGUGGAGGGUUGUCGUGGGGGGAGAGGAAUAAUGUUAGGAGGAAAGUAGAAAUCUCCGGCAACGCCAAAGCCCUCUCCAGCAUGUCCAACUCCAGUCACCACGUCGAUUACGACACCCGCGAGAAGCGUCGCAAAGCCUCCAUGUUUCUCAACGACCCCGAGUUGUUGAUAACACAUGCUGAGGCCAGUGGCAUGACCAUCGCCGGCUCCCGCCACCACUUCAUGGUCAUGCUUUGUGGUUACGACAACAAACCGCGGAAGAAAGCGAACCAGGGCUCUUCCUCUGUUAGCAGUGGUUCGUCGUCGCGCGUGUAUCAGGCUGGUUCGGGGUACAAUUCUAGGGUAUGA